AGUGCUGUUUGCGUGUGUCUUUAUAAAUGUAUUCAGGAGGAAGAACUUUAUCAGUGAUAGUGCGCACUCCGCAGUCGCACCGAGCGGUAGCUUUUGACACACUGAAUGCAGAAAAGGCCGACACCGGAGCACUUGAGGACAAAAUGCCCCGCUCAUAUGGAGUUUCAAACUCGUCUAAACGCUCGUUUGGAGACGGUGCCGGUAAGAAGAAAGCACAGUGUUCAACUGACUGCAAGGUGGAUACACUCAAAAAGCGUGUCCCUGUGAUCUCCUGGUUGCCACGUUAUCCGCUCAAGAACAUCGUUCCUGAUCUAAUUGCCGGUUUCACCGUUGGCCUCACGCUGAUUCCACAGUCCAUGGGCUAUGCUGUUCUUGCUGGGCUCGAGCCACAGUAUGGGCUGUAUUCUGCAUUUCUUGGCAGUUUUGUGUAUAUUAUUUUUGGCACCGUUAAAGAGGUGAACAUGGGUCCUGCGGCUCUCUUGGCGUUGCUCACAUUCAACUACACUCACCACCUGGGGCCACAGUUUGCAGUUCUCUUAUGCUUUGUAGCAGGAUGCGUGGAGCUUCUCUUCGGGAUUUUGCACUUAGGAUUCUUGGUAAAUUUCAUUUCUGCACCCGUGGUGUCUGGAUUUACUUCUGCGGCGGCUUUUAUGGUAGCCAGUGCUCAAGUCAAAGGUCUGCUUGGCUUGAAAUUUGAUGCUGAUUCGUUCGCCAGCAUUUGGACAGCCGUAUUCAACCACAUCCACGAAACGAAGCUCUGGGACGCAGUGUUGGGUGGUUGUUGCUGUGUGUUCUUGCUAACUUUAAGAUUCUUUAAAGAUAGUUUCAAAGUGGAGGAAGGGCGAACUCCAACAUGCUGCCAAAGGUUCAUAAGAAGUUCAGUCUGGUUUUUGUGCACAUCUCGGAAUGCCCUGAUAGUUUUGAUUUCCAUGGGAAUCGCUUAUUAUUUCCACUACAACUACGAAGAAGUAGUACCAUUCAUGUUGACAGGCAAGGUGGAGCCAGGUCUUCCACCGUUUGCGUUUCCUGCUUUCUCCACCGAAGUGAACAAUCGGACCUUAAAUAUUUUUGAGAUGGUUGGUGAGCUUAAAUCCGGAGUGAUUGUGGUACCUGUCGUGGCGAUCAUCGCUAACGUUGCAAUUGGAAAAGCAUUUGCAAGUGGGCAGAUUCUGGACGCGACGCAAGAGAUGGUUGCUUUGGGACUGUGCAACAUUGCCGGAUCCAUUGUUGGUUCCAUGCCAGCCAUGGGGUCAUUCUCGCGGAGUGCGGUAAGCAACGCGAGCGGAGUUCGAAGUCCCUUGGCCGGCCUUUACACAGGUGUGAUGGUGAUUCUCUCGCUCAGCCUGCUCACCCCCUACUUCUACUUCAUCCCCAGAGCCACACUCGCCGCAGUCAUUAUGUGUGCGGUCAUUUUUAUGGUCGAGGUCGACAAAAUUGCACCUAUGUGGAGGAACAACAAAAAGGAUUUGCUCUCAUCUUUGGCCGCUUUCGCUGCUUGCCUUGCUCUGGGAAUGGAAAUGGGCCUUGUCAUUGGGGCCGCUGUAGACAUUUCUUUCCUACUGUAUUUCAGCGCUACGCCCAAAGUGAAUGUGGACACUAUAUCGAGCGCGUGUGGGCCCGAGUACAUAUUGGCAACUCCAACGCAGGGAUUGCUGUUCCCAGCGGCUGACUUUGUGCGAACGCAAAUCCAAUCUAGCCUGGCCGACAUUGAUGAAAACAACCACUUGCCAGUCGUGAUCGACUGUAGGAACAUUCAAAAACUCGAUUGCACGGCGGCGCAGAGUUUGGAAGCUGUCGCUCGCGACUGCAACAAGCAGGAGCGACUUGUCGUAUUCUGCGGCAUGAAGAAGAGCGUGCUGUCAAUGAUGAUGGGAAUCUGCAAGGAGAGGAUCAAGCACGCAUCUUCGGAGAGUGAGUUGACAUCGCUGCUGAGAGGAGGAAACUUUAAGUCUAUGAGGGAAACUGCACUACUUUUGAGAUGAUUUUCUGCACCUUUGUCGGAGAUAUUAUAUCGCACGUGAAGAUAUAGCACAGAUCUGAGGGCACAAUUCACGCAUCACAAAAUAUCCAAUAUUCAGCCACACAAAAACUUUGAAUCAUUUUUUGCAUGCACGCUUUCGAAAAAUGUAGCUUUAACAAGUGCACACGGUGGCGGAAGGAGCAUAUAUGUCAGUUGAGAGAAGAUUGCAUAGAUGGCAGGGGAAUUAGCUUCACUCUCCUCCACAAUUCAGUCCAUAUUAUAUUCCUUCCAAGGCUCUGAUGUUUGGCUCGAAAACUAAUUUCAAACCGAAACUCCCAAGUCCUUGCAGAUGCGCCGAUCGAUAGUUAUUGAAAAAUUAGAAGAGUAAAAUCCCUACAAAAAAGCGAAAUUUUCCAGUUCUGUUCAUUUUAGAGGGUAAAACUUAAAACGCCUGUAUAUUUAUGUGUCAUUUUCCUUCAUGAAUGAAUUAUGUUGCAAUAAAAUUAUGACAAACUAUUACAAACUUAAAAAAAGAUUUUUCCAUCUAAAAUUAUGGGUACACAGUAAAUGAAAGCUAAAAUUAUGCCCAACAAAACUAUAAAAUAAUAUUAUAACAAAAUGAAACUUUUUGAAAUUAUUGGCAAACUAAAACACAUAUUAUUGCAUGCUUGUUGUAAUAAACGACUGUCAAAGUUGGAUAAUCUUUGCAGGUCUAGUAGAA